AUGGACUCUGAUACAGGACUCGGCCUGGACGGCAUGGACGACUCGAUGUCGUCGACACUCUCCGAUCAGCUGGAGUCUCAUCCUCAACCCUCAAAUCGCGACUCUAUUUCCAGUUUCACCAGUACUCCCACUCGAUCCCUCAGUAUCACCAAGAAGAACGUCACCUCCCUCCCUGCCAAUCUACUCCCCUCAGCGCCCGCCUCUCCUCCGACACCCGCCCCAAGUCCGACGCCUCAUCAACGGCCCCCGAACUGGCUCUCAUCCGAUGAUGAAGAAAAUACAUUCCUGCUCAACCUUCGCAUCCACUUCAGUACUCUAUCCAACGGCCGCAAACAGAAACUCCUCGAGGGACUCUUAGAUGUAUGCGACAGUCAACAACUCAGCUUUGUCUCCAGUUACGUUGGUCCCCGGUUACGCAAGGACCCUUUUCUCGUUUUUCCGAAUGAACUAUGCUUGCGGGUGCUCUCCUUUAUCGAUGACCCGAAAACGCUUGCCCGAGCGUCGCAAGUGUCUAGACGCUGGCGGGAACUGCUCAACGACGAUAUUACGUGGAAGAACCUAUGUGAAAAGCACGCCUACUCCGUACGACGAAUCUCCGACGAAGACGAGAUGGAGCCAUCUACACCCCGCUCCGUGGAUUUGAACUUGAAGCCCGACUCUCACGCGCUGAAUCGGCGGCUGACCGCCUCAAAUGAGCCGUCGAUGGAAAGCGCCCCGGGGCUUCCCCGCACUUUGUCCGGAGAGUGGCUUCCUCCACCAACCAGUUUCUCAACUCGCAGACGUAGAACUCGUCCGGUCUCUUACCGAUCUCAGUUUAAACAAAAAUACAUGGUCGAGUCCGCGUGGAACAAGGGUGGUCGCUGCACCCAGCGCCAUAUCACCCCGGACCAGGGUGUGGUGACAAGUCUCCAUCUCACCCCGAAGUACAUCGUCGUCGCUCUCGACAACGCCAAGAUCCAUGUCUACGAUACUAACGGCGAUAAUCAAAAGACCCUUCAAGGGCACGUGAUGGGUGUCUGGGCCAUGGUUCCCUGGGACGACAUCUUGGUAAGCGGCGGAUGCGAUCGCGAAGUCCGCGUAUGGAAUAUGGCAACCGGAUGCUUAAAAAUGUCUGAUCGCAAUACCGCCAUUUCAGGGUCCCGAGACACGACCCUGCGCAUCUGGGAUCUGGCCACCGGGACCUGUCGCAAUGUCCUUGUUGGGCACCAGGCUAGUGUUCGAUGUCUCGCAAUCCAUGGCGACCUGGUUGUCUCGGGUAGCUACGACACCACGGCCCGGAUAUGGAGUAUAUCUCAGGGCCGGUGUCUUCGAACCCUGUCGGGUCAUUUUAGCCAGAUUUACGCGAUCGCUUUUGAUGGCCGACGUAUCGCAACCGGAAGCUUAGAUACGAGUGUUCGGAUCUGGGAUCCUAAUUCAGGCCAGUGUCACGCUAUCCUCCAAGGUCAUACUUCCCUAGUAGGACAGCUGCAGAUGCGUGGGGAUACACUGGUAACCGGCGGCUCGGACGGCUCGGUACGCGUGUGGUCCCUGACUAAGAACGCCCCCAUUCACCGGCUCGCGGCCCAUGACAACAGUGUCACCAGUCUUCAGUUUGACAAUACUCGGAUCGUUAGCGGUGGCAGUGAUGGCCGGGUCAAGGUUUGGAAUUUGCAGUCUGGUCAACUACUCCGCGAACUCUCGACCCCAGCAGAAGCCGUUUGGAGGGUUGCUUUUGAGGACGAAAAGGCCGUGAUCAUGGCGAGUCGAUCAGGUCGCACUGUUAUGGAGGUUUGGUCAUUUGCGCCUCCGCCAGAUGACUUUGAUGACUGGGUAGCGAUCGAAAGCGCUUCCAGCACACCGGGCAUUGGCUCUGUCGAUGACACCGACUUGAGCAUCAACCCACGCCGUCGUACCCUCUUCUCAGAUCCCCCGCCAACCAUCCCCAGCAGUGAUGCCGAUCAACCAAUGACCGAUGCACCCUCCUGA